UCAUUUUCUAAAUGCCUGCAAUUCUACGCUUUUACCAUCUGUUUGUUCUAGAUUUCUAGUGCUCCAUAUUGGCGUCCUGAUUCUCUAAAAAUACUUCUUAAAGCGAAAAAUAAAUACAGAAUAUAUCUUUCUUCGAAAUGUUACGACCUAUAUCGACCAUUGGCCGAAGGAUUUCGUUGUUGAGUAGUUCGAAGGACUCGAUCAGGACUAAAGUGGUUCAUCCCGCUUCUCUUUUGAAACCGGCAGAAAAGAUUAAGCUUUACAAUAAAGAAAACAAAGAGCUGUUCGGCCCAUUAUUAGAGACAAACAAGCAGAGGAAACAGAAAUUACGGAAGUCUGCUAAAAAUAGCAAACUCGCGGAUCAAAACAACGGAGCGUCGGCGCCGCGCGAAAGUGCAGUGAAAUUCGACAGUAGUGCUAAGAAAAAUGAUAUAACCUGCCUCAAAUACAAUCCUGUUUUGCCCGUGGAGAUUUUUAAAAGAAAAAUGUGGCAGAAUACGAGGACUUGUGUAAAUUUUGUGGGUGUGCUGUUAAAUAAUGCUAGCGUGAGAGGUUUGAAGACUUCAGCAGCUGUCAGUGCUGCUAGAAGCACAGCUGCAGAGCAGGGUUAUGUCUCGGAGGACAAGAUUCUUCAGAUCAAGCCCCACCGGAAUGAUUAUGCCCAGCAAUAUCCAUCGGUGACUCUAAUUCUGAACAAAACUAUGACGAAUGAAUCUAGGGCAGCAUUAGAAAAGUGGAAACAGGAAAGGAUUGCUGAAAUGGGACAAGAAGAGUUUGAUCGAUUCUAUCAAGCUCAAUUGGCUCUCGGCUCAAAAUUCCACAGCACACUCAAAGACUACUUCACUCAGCCGAAAUCUCAGCUCCGCAUAGAGAAAGAUGUGGAGCCUGUCUGGAACUCGGUAGCGGAGGUCUUGAAGCACAUAUCAUCUCCGAAAGCUAUCGAGUCCAACGUAUUACACCCAGUUUUGAAAUACAGAGGGAUAUUUGAUGCCAUAGCCUAUUAUGACGACAAGCCAACCCUUAUAGAAUGGAAAAAAUCCGAUAAGCAACGCAAAUCUAUAGCCACGACCUACGACAACCCAGUCCAGCUAGCAGCCUACUUCGGUGCAGUCUGCAACGACCUGAACUACAAGCAUUUGAACGUCCGGGACGCUCUGCUAGUCAUCGCCUACACCGAUGGUUCCAAAGCCGACUAUUAUCAUCUCUCGAUGGACAAGCUUAGGGAACAUUGGGCCCAAUGGCUGAUACGGUUGGAGACGUACAUGAAGAAACAUGGACAGGACUCGGAGAAGAUUUUGAAAGGCGGGAAGAGGUUGUUUGAAGAAGAAAUUGGGAAUCUCCAGUAAUUAUUGCGGGGAUGAAGCGGAUGAAAAAUUAAACUGAAGAAAUAAAGAAAACUAAUUCAAGCUACUUUCAAAAUUUGUGAGUUUCGAUCAAUGUAAGAUUUGUUAUAAAAAAAGAGUGUUGUUGAAGUCUUUGAAGAUGUAUCAGAUAGUCUUCCCAGAUUGAAAGAAAAUUGGCUAGUUUGCCGUGUCAAUUAUAGUUGUAUAAUCAUUAUUCUCAUGUUAUAAUACUAAGGUCAUGCUCGGAUGCUUUCUAUAAAGGUUACAGGAAUCUCAAUGUUGGCAUUGCAGUGUCUUUCCUCGUAUUUGUAUAAGUACUAAAACAAAAUUGAAAUGUUUUGGCACUACAUACAGUAGGAACUUGAUUAACCGAACUAAUUGACAAAGACUAGUUUGGAUAAUCAAAGGUUUUUUGGGACGAGAUCAAACAAAAACAACAACUUUUUACAUAAAAAGUAAGUUUGACGUACAAAUUAACGUUAAUAUAUAAAACACCUAAAAAGUGUGGAUAAUUAUGAGGGUUCUGAUAAUCGAGGUUCUACUGUAGUUGAAAUUUAGAAACACAUAUGCUUUGAGACUUUCGAGGCUAGAUUUAUAUGAAGUUUAGUGCUCAAGACAUAGUCGACUAGAUAGACCUAACCAUGGAACUAAAUAAAAGUGAAGAUGGUGUUAUAAAAGUGAGAACUCUUUUAGACAAUUUGACAUGGUUCCAUUUUAAUCUAGUACAUUUUGUUGUAUGUAUAAGUUUUACAGUCACGGCACGGAAUUGUUAUGCCGUUUAGGAUUCUUGCGAAAUUGGAAAUUAUAUAGCGUAAUUAUUGAACAACCAAUUUAGCUAGGAUCCAAAAUGGCGCAACAAUCGCGGAGCGUAAUGGUACCUGAGGGCCUACCGCGAACCACGUUCGGCGUUUAGCCCCCUGUCACACUUGCGUACGAAUUUACAAGUGCAACAGAGAGGCAACACGUCGAACGUGAUUCGCGGUAAGCCCUCUGGCUUUGACCUGUGCCGAAUCCGAGAAAACAACUCACCCUAAAUCCGAGCAAGACUCAUUAUCAAAUGUGUCGUUUUCAAUCAAAAGGUACCACAUUGUCGCUAGCCAUAAGGACGCUCUGACAGGUUCUUCGUAUGAAGAUACAAUCCAAUUUCGUCCCUAUGGUAAGCGACAAUGUGGUACCUUUUGAUUGAAAACGACACAAAUAAUGGUAAGAUUCAAAGUAGGCUUUAAAAAACUUGGAGAAAAUAUUGACAUAAGUCACCACCCAGCUAGCAGUCGUUUUUAUCGUUUAUCGCCGUGUAUAAGAAAUGGGUCACUCCCACACUUUCAUACUUGCCUUGGCUUCAAUCUUGUCUUAUCCACAGCGACAAAUGAACUCAAGUGUUGAAUUGUUAUGAAAGUUUAUCGAUAGCACUCAGGAUUAAUAAUGUGAAAAUUGUGAUUAGCUUUGUUAUUGUAAAACUAUCAAUUGUAGCGUAAUACCAAAAAAGUAGUAAUAGCCUAGUCAGUUUCGAAUACAAUUUCUAAUUCUUAACAUCAUUCGAUUUUUCAGAAUACGAAAAAAAUUAUAGCAUUUAUUAGCAAUAGCUAGCAAUAACAUAAACAUUACUACACCACUCUCACACAUCACAUAAUAAUAAAAACUUUUACGCGGGAUCUGUCUUACAGUUUAAAAUUGCAAGUUACAUUGUCAAAACUACUUAGAUUUUUUUUAUUUUGUGCUGUACUUGAUUUUUUUAUUCCUGUAUGGUAAGUUCAUAAUACGUUUAAUAAUAUUAAUGCUUCACAAAUGUAGACAUUUCAUGUUCCUUUUAUUUUAUGGUCUGGCUGAUUCGAAUAAAUAUUAAAUAAUUUCAUUGUUAUAUGUUAUGAACUCGGCCGUUACUUUUAUAGAAGGCCCUGCUCAACCAUUUUUAAUAGGAAGUGUAUUCGGGUAAUUACGGAUAAUUCCGUAAAUCUGACGAAAAUUACUCAAAAUUCCAUCAUAAUAAGAGUCCCUUUUCGGAAUUAUCCGACGGUUUUUGACACUCGGAAUUACCCGAAACCGAAUACACCGUACAGAUAACUGCGGGCGCAGCAUGGUUCCAUUUUUAUCGCACUGUUACUAUGCCCGUCACUUUCACUUUAGAACGUGACAGGCAUGGUGACAAGCGAUAAAAAUGCGACCGGACUAGUUCUACCGCCGCUGAUCAUAACAGCUAAUCGAUGGUUCGUCAACUUUGUUGCUUUUUGUAAUACUUAAGCGACAAUGCUGCAUCUAGACCGCGAUAAAAUAUCAUGGCGCCUAUACAUUAUCACCUAUACAUCAGACGAUGGAUGGCUUCAACCACUAACCACGUGAUAAAAUGUCACUAACACCACGCGAUUAAAAGAGACGGACACAGUAUUUAUCACACUGUCACGUAGACAAAAUUAAAUGCGACUACCAUAUUCACACAUCAAAUAGAUAUUAACGGCCAUAGUGGCCAAAUAUAACGGAACACAUCUUUAUUUUUAUGGUAAAAAGGUGAUAUCUUUGGCCACUGGCGGUCACUAUAUAUUUGAUACUGACUGUACGAGACAUUAUCGUGCUCUCAUCUCAAUCAUUUUGUCGCGUCCCGCUCAGCUGACAGUUUUUGACAACCGAGUGAAAGGGUGACGUUGACACGGUGAGAACUUCUUGCCUGUCUAUGAUUGUCGUUAAGUGAACAGGCGCCUUCGUCGCAUUAAAAAUUAUAAGUAACAUGUGGAAGGAAACUUAUAAACUGAUAUAAUUAUUAUAUUCUAAGUCUGAUUAAUGUUUGUAUAGCUCACUCCAUAUCUUGUAAUAAAACCAUAAUAAGUU